AUGGAUGCUUUUGCGCCAGAAUCAGUACGAAGGUUCAUUCGGUUUCUGUACACGAAGGAUUACAAUGCGAUCGAUAUUUCCAGUGAAGGAGCACAGUCAGUAGUCAAUGCCAAUACGGACGAAAACGCGACGGCCAACGGCGGUGAGAAUGCAAACGAAAGCGCAACGACGGUCAACGACGCCAAUUCGACAGAUACUUCAUCCAAAGCUGUGAAACAUGCAUCAAAAGGCAAGGAAGUCGAGCAUCCCGAGACCGGGGACCCAGUAUUCAGGACCAUACUGGCCCAUACCCGCAUGAAUGCAAUGGGAGAUUACUACAACGUCCCAGAGCUCGUUAAGCUCGCCAACACGCGCAUCAAUGUCACUUUAUCGAGUGCUUCUCCCGAUGCCCCUUGGGUGCCAGGCCUUCCGGUAUUAGCCGAGACUGCUCUAGAGAUUGUGAACAACGAAGGCUUAUCCGAAGUCCUCACGGCUGCCGUCGCCGAAAACAUUGGCACAAUCCUCACCAUGGGAACCCUCGAAGACUCGCCGCUAAUGACACCUUUUUGUCUCGAAGUGCUAAAGAAAUGCAACGCUACAAGCCAAGCGCUUUCGGAAACGCUGUCGUACAAAGUUCGGACCCUCAACGAAGUGAAUACGAAAUACCAGAAGGCCGCCGACCAGGCCCUGCAGCAGAAAAUGGCGAUGACGACUGUGAGCAGCGUGAACAAAUGCCGAACCGUUGGUUGCAAAGGUCGAUUUGAGUGCUUUUUCGAUCAGAGUAGCGGCAGACUACGAUGCCAACACUGUAAGGCGAAGCACUAA